AUGAGUUACCAGCCUAUAGUGAUUAAAAAGCAACAUAGCUUUUAUUCUUAUGAUUCACCACGUAUCAAUAUUACGAAUAAUACAUGGAAAUCCGAUGUCAACAUUUUACAAUUAACUAGUAAUGUACAAAGCAAGAGAUCAGAAGAAUAUUAUAAGAAAUACGAGCUUGAUGAAAUACCAGUAAAAGAUGAUUGCAGUUUCAACGAUCAUUCGUUCAGUGAGGGAUAUGACUCUGGGACAGGCGACAAUAAAGAUUCCAUAACGAACUCUGACCUCGACAAAUUAGAAAUGAAAAUCAUGACUAGGAUGUCCCAGGAGUUACUAACAGACACGAGCACGGUUAGCAGCUUGGACUCGAACUUGAAACUAUUUAAAACAACAGUUCAACAAAUAUUUGAUAAUUUUCGCGACAGCAUGUGUGAUUUUGAAGAUUACAAGAAGAGAUUCAACGAAAUAAUCCAAAAGAAUAAAGGUGAUUCUGUGACUGAGCUCGAGGAGUUUAUAAGCAACAUGUUACACAACAUACGGUCUUCAGAGGUGUCUGUGAGCAAUAACAAAAACAUAGAAGAAACAGAUAGAAAUAAUGAGGUUAUUUGUCCCAAGGAUUAUGAAAAUAAUCAAGAAAUUUUAACAGUCAACAACAGCUCUACCAUUAUUAAUGAUUUUGAGUAUAGCCCUAGUUCAAACACAGCAUCAAACAGCGGCAUGCUAAAUACAUGUCUCGUCAGUGAGUUUCCUUGUCUAGAUGUUAAAAUAACAGAACGUAAUAUACUCUCUGAAAGAAAUUUUCGAGAGCCAUGUUUGAAUGACGUAGGACACUUAGCUUCAGCGGAUAAUAUAAAAUUGUGGCGGCGAAAAAAUAUCGAAAUAGAGAAGUAUGUGAGUGAACAGGACCAUUACAAUGUAUACGAUACAAAAAUGGACAGGGACAUUCCUGUCAAGAACUCGUGUGCAAUGAAAAAUAUACAUUUAAAUGAGAAGUUCGUCAACGACAAAGACAAGGAGGAGAAUAAGUUUUUCAUGUUCAAGAUAUGUAGUUACAUAUGCAAGAAGCUGCGUAAGAUGUGA